AUGUAUGGCGAAUACGGGUAUGAGUCUGUUACGUUGGGAGGGAUCACGGUGGCCGACCAACAGAUUGCAUUGCCGUCUACCGGAUACUUGCACGCCACCUCGGGAGACUUCUCGGGCAUCAUGGGCCUAGGCUUCCCGGGCAUGACUGCGGCGAGAAGCGGCGGAAAGCCUCAAGAGACUGCCAACAAUGAUGACGAUCUCACAACAUAUGACCCCUGGUUCACAAGCGCUGUCAAGCAGAACCUGACGCAGCCAGUUUUCAGCUUGGCACUGGAUAUCCACGGUGGCGGGAUCUUGGCCCUUGGAGGUGCUGCCGACGUGCCUAUCAAGGGAGAAUACGCCCCUACUCCAAUUCUGAUGCUCAAUCUGAACCAGGAGGAGCGUGCAGACGAGGAGUUCACGUACUACACCAUCAUCGCGGAGGACUACCUCAUCGCCGGGCAAAGCUACGCAAAUGAAACCACCGCAGCGGGCCCGUCAAACGACACUUCGGGUCAAGGAAAGGGCUUCCCCGUCAUCGUGGAUAGCGGCUAUGCGACCAACAUCCUGCCCCCGUCGCUGAUCAAGGUGCUCUAUGAAUCCUUUAAGGCCCCGCCCGAGCUGAUCGACAUCCAGGGCGCCGCCUUGUUUGCCGCCCCGUGCGACGCCGAGGUGCCCUCGUUCGGCAUCCAGAUCGGUGGCCACGUCUUUGAGCAGUCCGCCCAGGAGGUGUUGAUUCCCAACGCGAAUGUUACGGUGAAUGGCACUUCCUUCUGUGCCCUGGGAUCUCAGCCGGGCAUCGAGGAGGCUGGGGCGCUGGGUGUCACGUUUCUGAGCAGUGUGGUUGCCGUCUUCGACAUUGGCGCGUCGGAGAUGCGGUUUGCACAGAGGGAGGGAUUCGAGCUUGUAAAACAGCUGUUGGCCAAGCCUGAGCCGUACAGGUUCAUCCUCGGCGCGCGAGACACGGAGAGGACGAAAAAGGCCUACGAUGACCUCAAGUUCGACAGCACUACCCAUAGCCUCACGGUGCUUCCACUGGAGCUCUCCAACCUCAACACAGUCAAGCACUUUGCGCAGCAGACCCUGGAGAAGCUCGGGCGGGACAGGCUGGACUGCUUUCUGCUCAAUGCCGGCAUGGCCAAGGGUGCCAAUGGUCCUGGCCCGCAUGGUUCCAAGUGGUGCGAGGCAUAUGUUGUCAAUCAUCUCUCUCAACAUUACUUGACGCAUCUUUUCCGCGAAAAGCUGGUAGAGUCCAAGUCCCGCGUAGUAGUGGUCUCUUCGGGUGCAAUCCGGCGCGUCUCCGACCCUUCUGUACUCGACAAGAGCCUCCUGGCCGACUCUGGGACAGAAGACCAGGUCACCUACCCCGAGAGCAAGUUUGUGCAGCUUCUGGGAGCUCAUUGGUGGCGCCGCCAGCUACCGGAGUGCCGCGUCGUCGCUGUCUCUCCCGGCCUCAUCCCCCAGACCGGCAUCGCCCGCCACGGAACCUUGAAGCUGACCAUGGACAUGCCUGAUGCGAAGACCGUGCCAGAAGGCGCUCAAAGCAUUCUGCGGGCGUUCACGCGGGACGACUUCCCGGCUGAUCCGGAGCAGAUCUUCCUCACCAGCUGGGGCGAGUGGUGGGGCAAGGAUGUCUACGAGAAAUCACUUGACAAGGCCCUACAGGACAAGUGGUGCCCGACUCAGGAAGCUAUCGAGCGGGGAGAAGGUAUCAACGCAUGA